AUGUCUGAUAUUUGUUACGAGGACGAAGCGUUAGCUUGCGAGACGAGACCGUCGUGGUGGAGACGAAGGAUCGGAGUUCAGAGAUGCAGGAUGUCUCCGGCAGAGAUUAAUCAUACGGCGGCUGCUGCUGCUGCGGCGGAAGAUUCAGAGGGGAUUUAUAAGCCUAAUAAACAAGAGGAAUAUGAUUUUAUGAACUCUGCCUCACCUGAAGGUUGUUCAGAUGAAAACAAUGUUUCAUGUGAGAAUUCAUCGGUUAAUAUUCCGUCUAAGAAAACGGUGAAGGAGACGGAUCUGAGGCCUAGAUACGGCGUCGCAUCGGUGUGCGGUAGAAGAAGAGAUAUGGAAGAUACGGUUGCGAUUCAUCCUUCUUUUGUUCGGAAGCAAACGGAGUUUUCAAGAUCAAGGUGGCAUUAUUUUGGUAUUUACGACGGUCACGGAUGUUCUCAUGUCGCGUCUAGAUGUAAAGAGAGGCUUCACGAGCUAGUGCAAGAGGAAGCGCUGUCUGAUAAGAAUGAAGAAUGGAAGAAGAUGAUGGAGCGUAGCUUCACGCGGAUGGACAAGGAAGCUGUUCGUUGGGAGGAAACCGUCAUGAGUGCUAACUGCAAGUGUGAGCUUCAAACACCAAACUGUGACGCUGUCGGAUCCACUGCUGUUGUGUCUGUCAUUACCCCGGAGAAGAUUGUUGUAGCGAACUGCGGCGAUUCUAGAGCAGUUCUCUGUCGUAAUGGAAAACCAGUUCCUUUGUCUACAGAUCACAAGCCGGAUCGUCCAGACGAGUUGGAUCGGAUCCAAGAAGCAGGAGGGAGAGUGAUAUACUGGGAUGGUCCAAGAGUAUUGGGCGUUUUAGCCACGUCACGAGCCAUAGGAGACAACUACUUGAAACCGUACGUGAGUUCCGAGCCAGAAGUUACUGUGACUGAUCGUACGGAAGAAGAUGAGUUUAUGAUAAUUGCUAGCGAUGGGCUAUGGGACGUAGUGACUAACGAUGCGGCGUGUGCGAUGGUGCAAAUGUAUCUUAACAAAAAAAGUGGACGUGGAGGAGGAAGGCGGAGAGAAGCUACGGAGUGUGAGGAAAAUAAAGACGAGGAGGAGGAGGAGAAGGUUGGGGUGGGGUCAAGGAAGAACGGAAAGAAAGGAGAGAUCACGGACAAAGCAUGUACGGAGGCGUCAGUGUUGCUGACGAAGCUAGCGUUAGCGAAGCAUAGUAGUGACAACGUAAGCGUCGUUGUCAUUGAUCUCAGGAAAAGAAGAAAAAGACACGUUGCUUGACACUAAUCACUCCACCGUCUUUUCUUUUCUUUUAAAUAUUUGAUUCUUUUUUGUUUUUGGAGUUUUCAUUGGGACGAAGGCAUCUCAGAUCUUCUCCCAUCCCAAAAGAGAGAAAGCAUUAGUUGAGAAGAAAAAAAACUCGGUUAAUCUUGAACUGUUAAACCGGGUGGUAUGGUUUGUUCUGAACCAUCUUUUUGUUGCCUCUUUUCGUUAUGUGUAAUAGACAAACAA